AUGUUGUCCCUCACGAGCUCCAUGCGACAGGCGGUCUGUCGGGCACGAUCGCGCUGGCAGAGCCCUUGGGUCGCCGCUGCCUCAAUCGCAACAAGGAGACACAACUCUACUUUCGAACUCGAGCACAUUACCGACGAGCUCAGGAGCCAGGGCAAUGCCCCGCUUACGCCAGAAGGUGCCUACUCGGAGACAGGAAUCAACUACAAUGAGAUUAGCCUUAGUGAGGGUCCUAAACCUCAUUUUAGGCGGAACAAGUUCUUCAAACCAGACGAGCUCUCGUACAAAUCGGCGACGAAGACCAAACACAUACGCAAGAAACCUUUUUGCGGUCCCAGCCGCAAGGAAUCGGAGCAGGUCGACAUUUUCUACCAGCUCGGCAUCGAUCCUCUGCAGGAGGCGAUGAAUUCAAAGCUGCUCUCAGGCUUCGUGACAGAGAUGGGCAAAAUCAAGCGGCGCUCUGACACAAACCUCACAUGGAGAAACCAGCGCCGCCUUGGCAAGGCGAUUCGUCGCGCGAAGAUGAUGGGUGUCAUCCCGGUCUUGAGCAGGCGGAUGCUCAUCAAUAACUAG